GGUAGACGGCGGUUGCGACUUGCUGGCAGUCUCGUUGAGCCAGCUGUGAGCAGUGCGCGCCGUGACGUGACAAUGGCGGUAGUCGUAAUUGCGGUACGGUGCGUUACUGUGAUCAGCUGAUCGACCGAGCCUGAGAGAGAGAGAAAGAUAAAAACAAAAGAGUGACAGAGAGAGGAAAAGGAAGGGCGAGAGAAAGAGGGAGAGUGCAGGAAGGAGGAGAGCGCUCGGGAGAAAAACGAUCGGUCCGAAAAAGGAAGCGAUCGGGAAAAAGAGGCUGCGAAAGAGAGGCCUCUCGACGCGGCUCGUCUCUCUCUGGCUGGUCAUGUCAUCGUUCUCGUGAUUGGCUCCAAGGUGUGCCCCUCGUCCCUCCCCUUCCCCGUUGUAUGUGAAGUAUACAGUGUGCACCCCGGCAGCCCCCCUUUAUCUCCGCAACCCCCCUCGGGUCGUCGUACCACGCGUGUACAUCCGCUCGGUCUGUUGUGUUGUGUCGGUGUGGCACGUAUGCGUGGGGUUCGCACGACCGGUAGAUAAAUGUCUCUCAGCCAUGCCCGCCGUGCGGAAGUACCGGAGGGAUACCAGCGAGGUGAGCUGCUGCCUCAAGUAUGUGAUCUUUGGAUUUAACGUCAUGUUCUGGUGGCUCGGUCUGGGCAUCAUGGCGGUGGGCGUCUGGGCAUGGACCGAAAAGGACACCUUCAACAACCUGUCCCGCCUCACGAACGUCGCGCUCGAUCCAGCAUUUAUCCUCAUUCUAGUCGGUACGGUGACAUUUAUCAUCGGGUUUACGGGAUGCGUCGGCGCGCUACGGGAGAACACAUGCCUCCUGGCCACGUACGCGGUAUUCCUGGCGUUACUGCUGAUGAUGGAAAUGACUGCCGGUGUCCUAGGAUUCAUUUUCAAGGAUUGGAUAAAGUCGCAAGCCACGGGGGGCUUCCAGGCGUUCAUCAUUCACUACAGGGAGGAUCCAGAUCAGCAGAAUCUCAUCGAUUGGAUACAAGAGGAUUGGUUGCAAUGUUGCGGCAUCGAAGGUCCAAAGGAUUGGGACCGCAACAAUUAUUUCAAUUGUUCGUCGAGCGACAUCGGCUCGAGGGAAGCGUGCGGCGUGCCUUUUAGCUGUUGCAAGCGAAAACCUAAUGAAAUCAUUAAAAAUAAACAGUGCGGCUAUGACGUUAGAAAGCCUAGUUACACGGGAGAGAGGAGUAUAUUCGAGCGGGGUUGCCUAAGAGCGGGCGAGGAGUGGCUAGAAUUGAACAUGGUACCCGUCGCUGGUGCCGCGGUCAGCACUAUGGUUCUGCAGAACUUUGAGGUCGCCAAAGUGAUUUACGAAAAAGGUUGCAUACAGGCCGGCGAGGAGUGGAUGGAGCGAAAUCUCCUCGCGAUUGCCAGCGGUGCGGUUGGUACGGCAUUCGCACAGAUUCUGGGAAUCUGCUUCGCACAGAACCUGCGCGCGGAUAUAUUUGCGCAAAAGGCAAAGUGGCAUUGACAAUCGCGUGCCCCCACGGCAGUUUAGCAUCUCGUCUUCAUAGAUGCUAACCGGCUACGUUGAUCGAAUUACAAGGUCUCGAUGCGAACUCGGAGCUUCGGCGAGCGGACCAAUCGGAUGCUCCAUGAACGAAGAGAGGACGGAACUUUCGAAGGAUUUUCACCAUCCGAUCGAGACAACAACGUCAGACUAUUCCGAUGUCGACGCUCACGUUAGGAUCUUCCGAGGAUAAUCAGAUACUCCGAUAACGCUGCAGAAUGCUACGUACACACCGCUGAGAUUCUUCAACCUGAAAAUAUCUGAGAAACCCUGCUACUGCGCGCAGCGACGAUCGUCCUGCUUCUUCGGUACCGUCCAAUCGAUUAAUGCCUAAUUUGUUAGAUAAUGAGAGAAAUUGAUCGUCUCCGAAGAGUUUAGUCUCGAGUAAAUUAAUAAUCGCUUUUGUUUAAAAUGGAUAAACUUUUGUCUCACAAAACAAUCUUUAAAAUACAAAUUCUUUAAAUAUAAUUGUUCGGAUAGAUUAAAACUGACGUUUUCUUAUGAAUUCUUUGUCUUCUUAUAAAUUUUUAACACGUUAAAUAGAUAAAAAAUUUCACAAUCCAAUCAUGUAAAAUAAAAAUGGAUAUUUUAUUAAUUCUGCAGUUAAGCUGACAACAUAUUUAAUUCAACAUCUGAUUGUAAUCAGAUCAAAUUUAUUUUGCAGUGUAUAGUUUACUAAUUCAGAUCAAUUUCUCUUGCUAUGAAAGCGACAACGUCAACGAGAGGACAUACCAAAUCGUCGCGACGCAAUGUGCAAAAACGAAGUUUUUCGAGCGUCACAGUGUAUCAUUAGGAAGUGUCCAAUGUAACGUUUAUACUGAAGCGGAACGUCUCGAUAUUUCAUCUCGAUGUUGCUGCCUACGAAAUGUAUUUACUUCGUCACGAGGAAUCAUGCACCGAAUUAUCUUUCUCAUGAAUCGCGAAGCACAAACGCUUGCUUUCAAGUGACUCUUCUAGCCAUUAUAUAAACUAGUAUCUCCAAACUGAAUUGUUUAUAUUUUUGUAUUUAACGCUUUUGUAUUUAAUUGUAUUAAAUCUCGCCCUUAUUGAGCCACACAAUCCGUAAAAUAUUCCAAAUCGAUAAAAAAAGUUUUGAAUUUUAAUUUUCGUAUGUAAUAUCUUCUCGUUUCGUUUAUAAAAUAUUUUGCAUAUUCAACGGUAUAAUUGUGCUGGUAUUUUCAGUGACUGGAUUUCAUUGGGAUAUACAUGAUACUGAAGUUACGCAUAUCUGACACAGCAAUGUAGCUGACUUGAUUGAGUUACUUGAUUGCACAAAGUGGAUAUUCUCGGAUCCGACUCGGAAUAUCCGCACUCCUCGAUCCGACGAGAAUCAACAAACGAUCACGAGUGAUACUCAAAACGGCGCACUCCGGUUCCGCGGAAAAUCGAUACUCCUACAAACAAUGAAAUCUCAUUCGGUGUCUGGUGUUCGUGAUUUUAUGUCUUCUCUCUCUCUCUCUCUCUCUCUCUCUCUCUCUCUCUCUCUCUCUCUUUCCCUCCCUCUCUUUCCCUCCCUCUGUCUCCCUCGAGAGAUGCCUCAGGCGCCGAUUGCAUCAACAUUAUCGUCGCUAACCGCGGUUAACUGCAUUUUCGUUCUCCGCCCGCAACAACCUAUAAUCCGAGGGCACAAUUUACAGGACAGGAAGUUGUUGACCAGAGUUAGUUAAUCAAGUCUGUCGAUGCAGUUAGUUCCUCCAGCCUGACUACAGCAACGUCUAAUUAUCACUAACGCCGCGGUUAAUCGAAUAUUUUCCAUCUGAACUUGUAGCAAGCAUACACCGGAAAUGGACGCUUUGAUGCAAUCGACUCUAAGGCACUUGCGGAACCGUUCGACCGUGCUCGGGGUUCGAAAGACACGCGGUCGACCACGCAAGAAACCUCCUGGAAUGAGGGAUGGGGAGAAAAGUCGAUACGUUUCGCGCAUUUAGGUAGGAACAGACGGGCAAAUACCCUCGCCGGGUUCGCGAGUUACAAUGUGUCGGGCCAUUAAAGUCGAUCGACGUAACGUCGUCGUGGGGGCGCGGUGAACGAGAGAAAUCUCGACUUCGCCGCACAAACGAAACAACUCUCCGCCGUAGCAAGGAAUAAACGCGCGGCAGCCAUACAAUACACGUACACGCAUAUACGCGCGUACAUGUUCGACACACAGUGUACGAUAAUACUCUUUUGCUCCAAUUGGUUGUUAACGAUGGUUACGAAUCUGUCGUGCCAGUUUGGGCAUAUUGAUCCUUGUUGCACACACGCCGGUAUGUUCCAUCCCUCCAUCGACGGACCAGGCGUCCGUCGUACAUCGUGUCUACCGCCCGGAAAGAACGCCAAAAAUCUCCCUUCGACCCUUUGAGGAUGUCCUGAUCCGCCCUACGAUUACAGUCGAUUUGUUGCUUUACAAGCAAAAUUUUCACGUGACGUCUGCGAUGUUUUGUCAUGAACAUUAGUUAUAAUUUGAAAAAUGUGAUUGAAACAAGAAAGAUGAAAUUUUAGAAAAAGAACUGAUUUUAUAUGAAUAGAACUAAAAAAGAUUUUAGAAAUAUAACUCGGAAGAAUUUCAUUGUAAUUACGUUUGUAGCUGCGCUCUAGUUUCCUUUACACCGCAUCAAAAUUACGUGCGAUAAAUUCGACAUUUCAGAUUAAAUAAUGAUAGUUAUUUCUCUUGUACGAAUCAAAUAAUUAUAAUCACGUUUAAGUGCCUAAUUUGGAAUUUCUCAAAAGAAAGAUGAAAGAUGAAAAAGAAAUAUUCAGAGAUUUUGGCAUCCGUUGCUGAAGGGUCGAUGGUAAAUAAAAGCGGACGGCAUCUUGUGUAAGUUGCAUGAAAUAUCUAUGCGUGUUACACUAUGUACGAGUAGACGCGGGUAUGGCAUAACGUGCUAACUUGGGCUGUUAAUAUUUAUAAAUCUUGUAUGCUGGGAUAUACGUGACGGUUCUACGUGUCUAUUUAUGCUCGAACUUAACAAGAACAGUAGUUUGUGCAAGACUGAAAGAAAAUCGCGAGGCUUUCCUCUGAAAAUUUAUCUCAUCUCUGUGAACAAGAAAAGGACAUUUUCCUGAAAAUUCGCAAUUAAAACACAAGGAAUCUUAACGCGGCUGGUCCGUGUGCAAAAUUAUUAUAGCUUGCAAUUACUGCCAUAAUAUUCAAUGUAAGUCAUACAUGAUGUCGUAUUUGAAACGCGCUUCUUGUCAUACAGAAAGAGAUGAUGCUUAUUAAUGAAAAAAAAGGAAAAACAGCUACGAAGAAGUGCUAUUUCUUAAUUUUCAAGUGCGUAUCUUGGAAAUUGCAUUCCAAAGAGCACUUCCAACUGCCGCAAAAACCGCAAACGCGUUUUCCCAGAUCAAUCCACGUGCCAAUUGAUUGCGUGAUGUAACCUGUUGCUAAGCGGUUCGAGCAUGAAUGCAAAAUACGUCAUACUGAUAUCCCUGUCUCGUGACGUUUCUACGGAAUUCCCUUGUAAAUUUUAUCGCAUUACGGUAGAUAGCCGAAUACGUUGAUGUAAUUACCGUUGAAGGAACGCCGUUGUUAUUGUAUAAUACAUAUGAGAUUCGCUAUAAUACGGUAAUUCGCGGUAAUACGAAGAUCAUAUUACCGAAUCAUCAACGGAGAACAUUCCCAUCAUAAACUCGCGACGUUGCGUUGUUUAGUCAUAUUUCGUUUUCUUUUCCUUUCGUAUAAAUUUUAAUUAAGUAACUAACGAUUUCAAUAUAUCCACGAGCCACUAACGCCAACGCGGAAGCGGGUUUAGCAAAGGCUGUGCUAUUUAAGAUGAAUAAUACUCUCCUGAUUGUAUAGCUUUUAAUGUUACUGUCGGUCUCAUUUUGCGAUAGUAUUUUGCGACGAGUUACAACACAUGUGGCACACAUGAGAGUGUAUACACAAACAGAUUUACACGGUGAUCUAUUUUACAAAGAUUGAAAAUAAGAAGAGAAUAAUCGCAGAAAAUAAGAAUUGUGUUUUUAGAGGAAUACACUCCGACAUGCGUGACAAUUUCUAAGUUUUACUUGCAGGUAUGCGAUAGAUGAUACGUCUAUCGCGUAAUGUCUAAUAAUGUCUAAUAUAAAUUUAUCGAAACGAUUUGCUAAACCCGAUAUUCCUGGCCCGUGCUUCGGCCCGUUUCAGUUAUCCACCUGAUCCGAUAUCCUCAUCGAGAUACUGCAACAAGUAAUCUCGCCAAAGAAUAUACGGAUUAUGUGACACGAUUUAAAUCACUUCGAUUGGAAGAUAUAGUAUAGUGCGUUAAACGUUAAGUUAGUUCGCGAAUUAACACGUCCUGUGCACCUGCGAGAUUGUUUCAUCAAUUUCCUGUGUCUCCUAAGUUUAAGUCAAGCAUGAACGAGUAUAUCGAUUGUGCUUUUCUGUUACGUAUGCAUCGCAUUGAACAUCAGUUAUAUAGAUUUGUAAGGUAUCAAACGUUACUAUAAGAUCGAACCACUAAUUUAACUCGGUGAUUUAAUUUAGUUAGAAGGAUGCACCUACACCGUAAUCAUCCUUCGUAUGCGAAAACCAAUUCGAGAUCAGUCUGACAGUUAUUCCGAAAACAGAUGUUAUGAUUUGUCGUAUUUUGCGUGGAAUUUUGUAGUUCCAGAUACCUAAUCUUGGAUUGCAGAAGAAUUUUCUUGACAGAAUUGCCGAUCUUUUGUUCUCUCUGUACACGAUUUAUCAUCGUAUCUUUGUAAUCUCAUGUUGCAAAACUACAUACGUUGCAGUUUCAAUGCGAUGCUGUUUUCAUAUGUCGCAUAUAAUUUCUUUUUUUAUUAACUUUUUAUCGUAAUAAAGACAUGGUUUAUAUAUUUGUGUUUUUAGUUCUUUUUCUUUCUUUCACCGAUUUUAUUUUGUCAUCUAUGAUAUUCAUUCUGUCUCUCUAAUAUCACAGUGAUGUAUGAAGUAAUUGUUUCAUAUCUAUAAUUUCACAUAAUUAUUUUUUGGUUUAUGUAAAUUCAUUAAUUUUACAUCGUAUAUAAGAAACAAAACAUUUUAAUUAUUUAUGGCGUUUAGGAUGUUUAUUUCUUACAAUAUCGAUGAUAGGUUGCUCCGCCGUAGCAAACUUAAAUAUUAAUACUGAUAAGUAAUUACAAUUUUCUCCUUACAAUAAUCGAUAGCGAUUCAGCAAUGUAACUCACGUGAUAAUCAAAAUGAUAAUCGAUCAUUUAUACCUUACUAUUCGACCUGUCUAUUACGUUUUGCGAGCACCUACAACGUCACAUUCCUUCUUUCGGAGUCCUGUAAAUACUGUAAAUUUACUUGUAAAAAAAAAGAAUAAGGAAUAAUUUUUAAUCGCUUGACCAACACCGUUACGGUGAAACAGAGACGAUGUAAUAUAACGUUUUUUCAUGUAGAAUAAAAUACGUGAUUCUUUGUUCGAUCAGCAUUCCGAAUUUUGUAAAUAUGUAAUGUGCGUGAUAAGUACGAUCGUAUCGCGAUAUAAUCAUGAUAAAUCAAUUAUCGUGCCAAAACCGUGCAGUCAAAUUGGAUACAUUAUCGGUGAAUUUGAGAAGACAACUGCAGAUAUGGAUAUUGUGGAAAGAUGGAGAUCAUAAUUAUUUGUGAAAAUGGAAACGUUAUUCUUCUCCUAUAUAACUUCUUGACGCACAAUCUCUACUUUCCUUAAAAUUAUAAAUACAAGUAGGUUUGAAACGAUUAGAGAAAGCCUCUGCGAGUUAAAAUUGUGACGUACAAACGCUCUUUUCUUUCACGUACAACGUAAGUAACAAUUAAGAAAUUCAUGACGCCCAGUCACCGAAAUUAUACUGCACUUAUUCGUGUUUUAUACAAUUUGUGUACAGUAUACACUGCGUGUUCCACAAACAUAUACCUAUUGUAAAUAAGCGAACCACGUCCAAGCAGAUUAACUGCCCAAGCAAACUGAUAGUUUUACUGUUUCGAUGGUAUACUUCUUCACUUUGUUGAAUAUAUAUAUAGCAAAACAGUUCAAAGAGGUGAAACGAGAGCUUCGUUGUUUCGAAAGUGAAAAUGCUAUAAUCGCGAAAUCGUAAUAAAGUUCUUUCAUCGUGCCACGAGUGCGUUCGAUAUAUUCUUCGGACUGUCAUGGAAUUUAGCUAAUUGUACAAAAAAAAGAAUAUGCUAUAUGGGUAAAAUUUGUAUUUGUUGAUCGCCGUUCAUAUGCGCUGCCUUAUUUUAUCGUAGUCUCGAUUUAACGAUUACAAGCGUAUACACGAUUGUCAAUCGCGCUUUGAUCCGUCUACGGACAAGAUAAUUACUGCCAUUGUGGUGUUUGACCUUUUGAUAAUUUGCGAUUUAUUAUAUCGGUGCGAAUAUACAUAUGUAAUAUAGGUAAAUAGUGCGUACUCCUAUAAGUGUAAUCAUUGUAAUUCGACUAAUGUAAAUACAGCCACAUACUUUUCUUGUAAUGGCUAAGAGAUUACUGUAAUGUUUUUAUGGGCAAAAAAAAUUGAAUAUUUAUACCCAUCGACGUGUAAGUCAAUAAAGAUUACGAUAAUUGGUAC